AUGCAUUUCAUUCUACUGAUCUAUUUAAUUAUCCCUCCUCAUGUUUUAACCACAGUCACCAUUGGUUGUAUUGCAAAUGGUAUGUUAACAAAUAAUACAGAUAAUUUAACAAGGUGGUUGAAUACUCAAGAUAGUGAAACAUGUUUAUGUUAUGCAUUAAUACUGAAUGGUUCAGUUGUUGCAUUAAAUGUGUUUUCUAGUGGAUCAUGUCAACUAUUUUUCAAUUAUUUAUUAUAUAAAGAAAUACAAAUUAACUUAAAUUCGACAUUAUAUUUACUACAACCAUUACCAACAGGUUUAUCUAUUAAAUCUACUGAUGGGUCGUUAGUAUUAUCGUCGUCACGACUGCUAUCCUUUUAA